CUCUCGCGACGAUUGGAUUGUUUUGUUUGCUGUUUGCUUCAAGAGGUGGUUAAUGUUUUAUCACUGCCGGCGACCACUGGCAGAGAUUUAUUGAAUUGAACCAUUGCGAGCAGUAGGAAACUGCAAUUAUUCCUAGUUUAUAUAAUUUAAGUUCACAAAGGAGCAUGUCUGCGGAUGGCGAGAAUGUUGUUUCAUCGACUGUGGGUGUGCGGCCACGCUGCUUCCUGGACGUCAGUAUUGCCGGAUUGGACUCAGGUCGUGUUGUAAUAGAGCUCUUCUCUGAUAAAUGUCCACGAACGGUGGAGAAUUUCCGGAGCCUCUGCACAGGCGAGAAAGGCAUUGGAAGCCUUGGGAAACCACUGCACUAUGAAGGCACCAUUUUCCACCGGGUCAUCAAGGACUUUGUAGUCCAAGGUGGUGAUUUCACUGAAGGAGAUGGCUCUGGUGGCGAGUCUAUUUACGGGGGAACUUUCGAUGAUGAGGACUUAACUGGGAAACAUGACAGGAAGUAUUUGGUCAGCAUGGCCAACCGGGGCAAAAACACCAACGGCUCCCAGUUCUUCAUUCUCACUGGUCCUGCCCCCCAUCUUGACGGGAUCCACACGGUCUUCGGUCAUGUUGUCUCUGGCCAAGAUAUGAUUGAAAAAAUCAACAUCCUGCCAGUGGAUAACAUGUUCAGACCUCUACAGGAUGUAAAGGUCAUUCGCAGUGGAGAGUUGGUCUUGAGACCUAAGAAGAAAAAGGAGAAAAAGAAGAAGAAAGUGAGCAGCAGCAGCGACAGCAGUGACUCUGAAAAGGAAACUAUUAAGAAAAAGAAGAAGGAAAAGCAUAGAAGGAGUUCCAGAAGUGAUGACGAAACAGCAGAGAAAGAAGAGGAGGGUGUCCCUCAUCCUCUCGUGACAACAUUCAACAUCAGCAAGGACGAGAUUCCAGAAGUGCCAGCGAAUUUCUUGAGUCGUAACACCGGCCCUGAUAAAGAUAAAGAAGGCCAGUUUGAACGCAGAGGCUCCAGAAUCCGUGGCAGGACUAAAAGCGGCCGAACAAUCAAAGGCCGUGGAACGCUGCGGUAUCGUACGCCGUCUAGAUCAAGGUCUAGAAGUGUUACUCCUCCGCAUUGGCGUCAAGAGCAGAAGAAGAAAAUCCCUUACAAGAAAUUUGAGGAGAUUGAGAAGGUGAAGAAGGAGAGGGAGGAGGAAAUUAAAAAGCGGGAGGAGGAAAGACGUAAACGUCACGCAGAGAAGGAAAAAAGACCACCCCUGCAAACACAGAACAAAAUGCCCGAGCAAAAAAUUCAAGAGGAUGAAAAAGAAGAAGGGGAGGUGCGAGACGAUGAAGAGAAAUCGGACUCUCGUAAACGGAUAAGAGAUUCUGAUAGGAAUUCACGUAGUCUGAGAGGGUCGAGGGAUCGGAGGACUGGAUCGCCAAAACGCAGGCAUUCGUCAUCGCAAAAGAAGGCUUCUCCAGCACGCCGCCGCAAGAGGUCUUCUUCAAGUUCAAGUUCAUCCAAUUCAGACUCCACCAGGGACCGUAAACAUAAGAGGAAGUGAUUUUCUUUUUUUUCUUUUGUGGAGACCAAACUGCUAGAUAAUUCUAUGCGUGGAUUUGGAUUCAAAGUGUAACUCAAAUUAAUCUAUCAUAGUUGAAUUGAAUCUUGCAAUAAUGUUACCUUCGGUACUUGACCAACUUAUAAGUCCUGCAAAGCAUUACUCUUAAAUCUAAAAUUUCACAUGAGUUUAUAUUAGUCCAAUAAAACGCCUGACCCAUGGUAAAA